AUGACCCGUCCUGACAUAUCCUUUGCAGUUAACAGAGGAUGUCAGUUUAUGCAAUCUCCAUCUGAUGUUCAUUGGACAUUUGUUAAACGAAUUCUUCGUUAUCUCAAGGGGACCAUCAACAUGGGGCUGUCUUUCUCUCAUUCUGAUUCAUUCUCCAUCUCAGCCUUCAGUGGUGCCAAUUGGUUUGGAUGCCCCGAUGACCGCAAAUCUACUGGCGGUUUUGCUAUAUACCUUGGGCCUAAUCUGAUCUCUAGGAAAGCACAUAAACAAUCUACUGUUGCACGAUCAAAUACUGAAUUGGAGUUUCGUGUGCUUGCUGACACCACUGCAGAAUUUGUUUGUCUCUCAUCCUUGUUACGAGACCUUGGUGUGCCUCUCUCCUCACCUCCUAUCAUGUGGUGUGGUAAUAUUUCCGCCACCUAUCUAGCAGCCAAUCCUAUCUUCCAACUUCCAUAG